AUGGCAAAAACUUACGAUUAUUUAUUUAAAUUACUUUUGAUAGGAGAUUCUGGUGUGGGAAAAACAUCUAUAUUAUUCAGAUUUUCAGAAGAUGCUUUCAAUAUUUCAUUUAUCUCGACUAUUGGUAUUGACUUUAAAAUUCGUACGAUAGACUUGGACGGAAAAAAAGUAAAAUUACAAAUAUGGGACACUGCUGGCCAGGAAAGAUUUCGUACAAUCACAACAGCAUACUACCGUGGUUCUAUGGGCAUAAUGCUUGUUUAUGAUGUAACAAAUGAAAAGAGCUUUGAAAAUAUAAAGAAUUGGAUCAGGAAUAUUGAAGAAAAUGCCAGUGCCGAUGUUGAAAAGAUGAUUCUUGGAAACAAGUGUGAUUUAGAGGCUAAAAGACAGGUAUCAAAAGAGCGAGGUGAACAGUUAGCCGUAGAAUAUCAGAUUAAAUUUAUAGAAACUUCAGCGAAAGACUCCUUAAAUGUAGAGUCGGCGUUUUAUACCCUAGCAAGAGAUAUCAAGGCGAAAAUGGAGAAGAAACAGGAGGCGAGUAACCCAGCGGGCGCGAGGUCAGGCGCGCACCAGAUCCGUGCCAACGAGCAGCAACGCAAGCCGACGUCGUGGCUGUCUCGCUGCAGCUUGCUCUGA